UUCUCCUGUUCCCAUCUGCCUUCCAUUCACCGGAACCAUGAUUCCUGCUAGCUCCUCAUCCGCCGCCGCCGCCGGCUUACACAACCUUUACAGAGGUAUGGAAGAAAUCCUCUACUCUCCGACGCCGUCGGCAGCCGCGAAGGAUGGCACCGUCUCCCAUGCUCUUCUCUACGGCCUCUCCGUCCUCAAGGACAAGGUGCAGCAGUUGGAGUCCUUGGUCGGCGUCUUCCUCUAUCCGAACCGGACCGCCGACGGGGAGUCGGUGGCGGCCGGCCUGGCCAACACGGUUCAAGAAAUCAUCUGCGCCGCAUCCUCUCUCAGUUGCACGAUCCAGCAAGCCGCCGCCUCCGUGUCGACCAUCAACGGGGAGCUGCAGGCCAACGCGAAGGGCGGCGACAAGUCGGGCGCGAUGGAUUUCACUUUCCAGGAGAGCGAAUUCGAGUUCCUCGCCGCUGCCAGCGCCGGGAAAGCGAAGAAGCAGGCGCCACGUGAGCAUGGCAAGGGCAAAGCCAUAGGGAGUAGUGAAGACGUGAUCACGUCUAGCGAGGCCAAGAACAGCAGCGCGUACGAGUGGGAGAUCGUCGAGUUGGCGGCGGCGGAUCUGUUGGCGAAGUUCACGCACUACUGCCAAGUGUGCGGGAAGGGGUUCCGGCGGGAGGCGAAUCUGCGGAUGCACAUGCGGGCGCACGGGGAGGAGUACAAGUCGUCGGCGGCGCUGCAGGCGAACCCGGCGAAGGGAGGGAGAGACCAGGCGGCGAUGAGGAAGUACUCGUGCCCGCAGGCGGGGUGCAGGUGGAACCGCGGGCACGCCAAGUUCCAGCCGCUCAAGUCGGUGGUGUGCGCGAAGAACCACUACCGGCGGAGCCACUGCCCGAAGAUGUACGUGUGCAAGCGGUGCAGCCAGAAGCAGUUCUCGGUGGUGGCGGACCUACGCACGCACGAGAAGCACUGCGGGGACCCGCGGUGGAGGUGCUCCUGCGGGACGAAUUUCUCGAGGAAGGACAAGCUUCUGGGGCAUGUGGCCCUCUUCGUAGGCCACUCGCCGGAGACGAGUUGCAUUCGCCGGCCAUAACCAUAUUAACGCUUGGACUAGUGGCUUGUAAUUCUAACUUCCUGCUCUCACCAAAGAAAAGUAAUGCAAAAGGUGCAUCAAAAUAAAAUCUUAAAUUGUUUGGCCCUCGAUAUUUAUGGGAGAUCACAAAGGAAGGCUAUGAGGAGUUUUGUGAUGAAGCUAGCUACUACUCCCAUGUACAACCAUGCAUCCUAAGAGACCUAUUGAAAAAUACAACAAAGAACUCCCUCACACUUUUUCUCCUGUAUUAAGGCUUAGA